AUGGCUUUCCAGCGGCUUCUGUGUUUCGGCCUUCUGUCUGCCGCUGCCGCCCCCGCGCUUGCGGCGACAACGUGCAACGGGCGCAGCGAGUUCUGCAGUCGUUCGUACUCGAACAUCUCCCUCGUGGGCGCCCACGACUCGCCGUUCGUCGGCGAUCUCCCGACGGAUAACCAGAACAUCAACAUCACCGAGCAGCUCGAACGGGGUGUCCGCUUCCUGCAGGGCCAGACGCACAAGAAUAUCGAGGGCGAGCUCGACAUGUGCCACACCAGCUGCUUCCUCAAGGAUGCCGGCAGCCUGGUGUCGUUCCUCGAGACGGUCAAGACCUGGCUCGACGGCAACCCCAACGAGGUCGUCACGCUGCUGAUCACCAACGGCGACAACGUGAACAUCACCGAGUUCGACUCGGCCUUCGACCAGAGCGGCAUCAAAAAAUACGCCUUUGUGCCCUCCUCCAGCCCGAACCCCUUGUCCAUCAACGACUGGCCAACUCUGCAGGAGCUCAUCGAUGCGGGAACUCGUCUGGUAGCAUUCUUGGACUAUGGUGCCGACAUGAAGACCGUACCGUACAUCCUCGAUGAAUUUGCCUACUACUUCGAGACCCCCUACGACGUGACCAAUGCCUCGUUUCCGGACUGCAGCAUCAACCGACCCCCGGGUGCGAGCGCUGACGGCCGGAUGUACAUCGUCAACCACUUCCUCGACGUCGACGUCCUGGGGGCGUUGAUCCCGGAUCGUGAAGCCGCAGACACCACUAACGCUGCGACGGGCAACGGCAGCAUCGGUGCGCAAGCCGCCCUCUGCGAGUCCCUGUACGGACGGCCCCCGAACGUCGUCCUGGUCGACUUCACCGACAAGGGCGACAUCUUCGCUGCGCAGGAUGCGCUGAAUGGGUUCUAG